AUGGUGCUUACUGCCUCUCAAGGAUGCGAGAGACCGAUUGGAAGGGAUCUUGAUGGUAUUCGUAUCCUGCCAGUCCUACCCUUUCUGGUCCUAAUAAUGACUUUUCUGGCUGAAUUGAACGGCUGCGGAGGGUUUGAAAAGAAGCAUGAUGGUGGCAUCGAGUUUUCCAGAGUACCUAUAGACUGUAAAUUUGUGGAGCAGCUUCGAUGA